AUAUUGACCRAAGAUACAAUGUCCGCUAAUAAAGUGAUACUAUGGUCGAGUUUAGUGAGCAUACUUGGCUAUCUUGUUUAUCAGGAGCUUGCCUUUAUUACUGAUCGCUUUUUGGUGCAGGUUUAUAUACCUGUAAAGCGAUCUGAUGUGUUUAGUGUUUUAGCAAAGCCAGAAUUAACUCCUAAAUUUCAUCCCUUAUGCAUAAGUGUUGGCAACAUCAUCAAAUCACAAGAUGACAAAGGACAUGAUGUUGUUCAGUAUAUUUUCUCUGAAAGGAUMUCUCUAUUGGGAUUUUCUCACAGUUUGACUGAUACAAUUAUCUCUUCUCCUGUCAACCUUACAGUGGUACCACAAGAUUMUGAACUCUACAAUGAUCUCAGUGUAUUGGGUGGAGUUUUGAUAAUCAGACAAAAGUGGAAGCUGUCUGAUUCUGGAGAUGGAAUCAAAGAUGAAACAUUGGUAGAAAAUCACUUUGAAUUCACUACCAGACAAUGUUUUGCAAGAUUUGUUAAAUAUACAGCUGUAGAUGCUCACAGAAGAUUUCUAGAAAAUCUUAAACUAUAUUGUGUUGAAACAUUUAAGAAUAAAUGAUAUAUACUCAAGCAAAAAUUAUAGUGCAAGAUUCA